AUGGAAAAAAAGAAUCACUCUCAAAUUUCCUGCCAUGAUGAUCGACCUCCUGGUUUCGUAGACGCUGUUCUUAAACCAUGUACAAGUUUGCCAGAGGGUGUUCAUCUUCAAGUGAAGGGAUAUGAUUUUAACGCUGGUCUAAAUUACGAUGCUUUGUUCUCAUCUUUUGAAUGUAUUGGAUUCCAGGCAACUCAUUUUGCAAAGGCUGAACAUAUUCUGAAUGAAAUGAUUAAUAAACGGAAUUUAAAACCUACUUCACGUGAAGAAAUUGAACUAGCCCAAGUGCUACAAGAAUUUCAUCCUUUAAAUAGACCUUUAUCAGAAUGUACUAUAUUUUUGGCUUAUACAUCAAAUAUGGUGAGCUCUGGGGUUCGAGAAGUUAUACGUUUUCUGGCCGAACAUAACAUGGUUGAUGUAAUAGUAACUUCUGCUGGUGGUGUGGAAGAAGACUUUAUCAAAUGUUUGGCUCCUUCAUAUGUAGGAGAUUUUGAAAGAUGGCGUGGUCAUGAAUUAAGAGAAAUCGGUGUAAAUCGUAUUGGCAAUCUACUUGUACCAAAUAAUAAUUAUGUUAAAUUUGAACAAUGGCUUCUACCCAUUCUAGAUGAAGUGUUAGAAGAGCAAAAUUCUCAGAAUGUAAACUGGACACCAUCUAAGUUGAUCAAUCGUCUAGGUAAAGAAAUCAACCAUAAAGACUCCAUAUACUAUUGGUGCUAUAAAAAUAAAAUUCCGGUAUUCUGUCCCGGUUUAACGGAUGGUUCUCUGGGUGAUGUUCUGUUUAGUCACACUUAUCGAUCCCCUGGUUUAAAAAUAGAUCUAGUUGAAGAUAUUCGAAAUAUCAAUUUACUGGCAAUUAAUGCUCGUACUACAGGAAUGAUAGUACUAGGUGGUGGUCUUAUAAAACAUCACACAUUCAAUGCAAAUUUGAUGCGAAAUGGAGCUGAUUAUUGUGUACUUAUCAACACAGGACAAGAAUUUGAUGGUAGUGACUCUGGUGCUAGACCAGAUGAAGCUGUAAGUUGGGGAAAAAUUAAAGGUUUAGCUGAACCAGUUAAGAUCAAUGCUGAUGCAUCUUUAAUAUUUCCUAUUUUAGUUGCACGAACAUUCGUUAAACAUGUCCAGACAUAA